GCCAGUCAUCUAAAACGUCAUAUUAAACACGUUCAUGAUAAAAAACGAGACUUUGAAUGUGAUAUAUGCCAGGAACGUUUCUUUCGCUCCGACCAUCUCAAGUGUCAUAAGAUGAGGCAUUUUGGACCGGGGCAUAGAUGUCAGUUCUGUAAAAAAAUAUUCAAGGUCAAACUUGAUUUAGAGAGACAUCUUAAAUCUCACACAGAUGAAAAGAAAUGGUUUUGCCAUCUAUGUGGUCAUGGAUUCCGUUAUCCAGUUCCAUAUUACAGUCAUAUGUUGAAAAAGCAUGAGAUAGAAAGAGCUGAAGCUGAAAUUUGGCGAAAGAAGCAGAUUGAUAAUAAAAGAAAAGCUCUCUAUAUCGAUCAGACUGAUCCUAGUACAUUGUUUGAACCAGUCAACAGUAACAAAGACAUAAAUGAGGCCCCUACAGGUGACCAGAUGAUUGCCACACAUGUUGAACUCUCUAGUAGACCUUCUGUCAUACCCACAGUAAGGAAAAUUUUCCUACGAGACGGCCACAUUUAUAAAUCCAGCGGAGGUGCAAGCAUGGCUGACAAUUUGAAAAGUAAACAGAAAGGCAGCACUUUUGAAUUUAAUAACUGUAGUAAAGAAGUGAGAGUUAUAUCUGAUGGGAGAGGAGCGGUAAAUUCUAAAGGGGAAUCUAAUAUGUAUUUAUCAGCAAGUAACAAGGGAUACCAGAUUGUCAGUAUGGGUGAUAGGUCUGACAGUGAAACUGUCCAUGUUUUAUCAAAUUUGACACCGGACACGACAUCUUUACAACAGGGGUUAACCUUUGCAAUGCAAAACACUUUUACAGAUGAAGAGAUUGAUGGGGCAAGGGUUGAUGGGAUUGUAGGAUAUGGUGAAGAGGAUCAAAUACAAGGCGACCAAUUAGUUGUUAUGGCAGAAGAAACUGUUGUAGAUGAUAUAAAUAUGAUGUCUGAAAUCGCAGGAGAAAGUAAUCAAGCUGUUAUAUACCUUGGUAAUGGCGAAUGUGAUGGUAAGGACAUGACAGAUAAAGGAACUAUGCUAUAGAUUAAAAAAAAAACACUGUGAAAUAAAAAAUGAAGGCAAUUUGAUGUCAAGGCAAUAAAUGUGAAAGGCCAACAGUUUAAAUCCUACUCGGACUCCAAAUAUGUGCAAACUAACCUGACAUCAUACUGAUAGCAUAAAUAACGCAUUGUAAUUUUAAAUUAAAGCAUUUUAAGGUUAAAUGUUUAGUUUCGUUUAUGAAUUAUAAUUAUAUUUUUGAUUGAAAACAUUAAUGUUUGAUUAAAAUACAUGUUGCAUA